ACAUGGUUAAUCAACAAGUCUCGGAGAUCGAUUAGCCACUGCAUCCGAAGUUCCGAACAUCCGUCUCGCAAAGUGCAUGCUCCCAGACUGACAGAAGAAAAAUUAUUGUAUGUUUAGUUAACAUCAAAAUUGAAAGUUUGGUUAAAAUUAGAACGAUGUGAUGGAAAAGUUGAAAGUUUGUGUGUAGGAAAGUUUUAAUGUGAUUGAAAAGUUGAAAGUUUGAAAUUUUUUUUUGCAACUUAUCACGGCGUAAGGCGCAAGAAGUAUAGUUAACCAACACCAGUAAUAUCGUACAGUACUACUCCAACAUGUCACCAAACUUCUCUCGGCGCGCCCGGGGUGAACUCCAAUCUACCCGGGAUCCUAACUCGCCACCAAACCUCCUCGUCGUUCUUCUUUUACCGCGGCCGGACACGGAGCAGGAGCACGCACGCACGUACGGCGCGCGCUCGCCUCACUGCAUUUCUAUCCCGGCCAUCGGUCCGGCCGUCACGAUGCGCCGCCGCGUCGCUCUGUGCCUCGUGCUUUUCGCCUUCGCCGGCCUGCACGCGGCGGCGGUGGAGGCCGUGACGCUGUCGACGUCGUCGCGGUGGAUCGUGGACGACGAGGCCGGCGGGCGGCGGGUGAAGCUGGCGUGCGUCAACUGGCCGUCGCACCUGGAGCCGGUGGUGACGGAGGGGCUCGGGAUGCAGCCCGUGGACGCCAUCUCCAAGAAGGUGGCGUCGCUCGGGUUCAACUGCGUCAGGCUGACGUACCCCAUCGCGCUGGCCACCAACGCGUCGCUGUCGUCGCUCACCGUGCGGCGCUCGCUCCUCGCCCACGGCCUCGCCGGCGCGGUCGCCGGCGUCGAGGCCAACAACCCCGGGCUCCUCGACCUCACGCUGAUCGAGUCGUUCAGGGCCGUGGUCGACAGCCUCGGGGAGAGCGGCGUCAUGGUGAUCCUGGACAACCACGUGAGCCGGCCCGGCUGGUGCUGCGCCGACGACGACGGCAAUGGCUUCUUCGGCGACCGGCACUUCGACCCCGACGCCUGGGUGCGCGGGCUCGGCGCCAUGGCCGCGCUGUUCGCCGGCGUCCCCAACGUCGUCGGCAUGAGCCUCCGCAACGAGCUGCGUGGGCCGAGGCAGAACGCCGACGACUGGUACAGGUACAUGCAGAUGGGGGCGGAGGCGGUGCACGCGGCGAACCCGGCGGCGCUGGUGAUCAUGGGCGGGCUCGGGUACGACACCGACCUGUCGUUCCUCGCCGCGAGGCCCGUGGACGUGAGCUUCGCGGCGGCGGAGCGGGGGAAGCUGGUGUUCGAGCUGCACUGGUACAGCUUCGCCGACGCGCGCGCCUGGGAGUCCGAGGACGCCAACGAGGUGUGCGGCCGCGUGGCGCGGGGCGUCGCGCGGCGGGGCGGGUUCCUGCUCGACGCCGGGUUCCCGCUCUUCCUCAGCGAGUUCGGCGCCGACACACGCGGCGGCUCGCGCAAGGACGACCGGUACCUCCCCUGCGCCGCCGCCGUCGCCGCCGAGCUCGACCUCGACUGGGCGCUCUGGGCGCUGCAGGGGAGCUACGCGCUGCGGCAGGGCGUCGCCGGGGCCGACGAGGUGUACGGCGUCCUCGACUGGUCGUGGAGCAAGCCCCGCAACGCGACCGCGCUCUCGAGGAUCCAGUCGCUGCAGCGCCCGCUCCGAGGGCCUGGCUACGACGAGGCGAGGCCGUACACCGUGCUGUUCCACCCGCUGACGGGGCGCUGCGUGGUGAGGCGCGCGGCGGAUGACGCGGCGGCGGCGGCGGCGACGCUGGAGCUGGGCCGGUGCGAGGACACGGACGCGUGGGCCUACACGCAGCCGGCGUCGACGCUGGCGAUGCGGGGCGCGGGGCGGGGCUCGCCGCCGCUCUGCCUGAGAGCCGAGGGGAGCGGCCGGCCGGCGCGGCUCGCCACCAGCGACGCCGGCGGCUGCCGCGGCGACGCCCUGUCGACGUGGCGCCUCGUGUCGGGCUCGACGAUGCACGUGGCCGUCAACGCGACGACGACGACGACGCCAUCUCGGGACGGCGGCGGCGGGCUGCUGUGCCUGGACGUCGGCGACGACGGCCGGAGCGUGGUGACGAACCCGUGCAGGUGCCUCGACGACGCCGCCGCCGGCGAGUGCGACCCAGAGACCCAGUGGUUCAAGCUCGUCACCAGCACGAGGUCCCCGGCCACCGGCGCCGCCGCGGCGGCCACCGUGGCGCGAGGGCUAAUUGCUGCGUGAAAAUCGACCGAUCAAUCGAUCGUGUCCGUGCAUUCGUCAUCAGAGAAUCGAAAUCUUAUUUAAAAUCCGCGAACACAACACUAUACUAGCUGCUAGCUGACUUGCAUUGAUCUUGGAUGGAAGUUAGAGAGUUCGUGUCACGCACGUGGCGCGCGCCAAGCUGCAGUUCAUGUGUGGUCGAUGUAUCCAUGUACUGUUACUGAACAGUGCGCUUGAGCUGAACCAUUGAACGGAUCAAGAACUAAUUAAAUACUC